AUCCGCGGUUUGGCGUAGCGCGUUUCUGUUCUUGGCACAGUUUCUCACCGUCUUCUCUUGUGCGCGGAACGCGACACCAGAUCCGCAAUUCGAGCGACGGAAAAAAAAAGAUUCGGAGAGACAUGAAUUUACGUGUUUAAGCAAUCCAUCUGACGUAACGCGGUCGAAUCUCGUUGUUAAUUAAUUGCCGAAGAUUUUGAUAACCGGAUAUAAUAUUGCUUGCUCUGCGCUAAGUUUGCGAAGUAUCAAAAAUUUCUUCGACGGAUAAACAACUUGGCAUACCGGGCACAUUUUUGUACUCUCUUUACUGUUCCAAAGAGUACUUCCCAUCUUGACAAGGAACAAUGGCACUGAAAACAUGCUGUUGUUGUAUCCCGCUCAAAGAAGGCACUAUAACCAUUGGUAUACUCGGUAUUAUAUUAUCAGUGAUAAACAUCAUAACGCUCUUCACUACCAAUAUCAGAAACAGGAUUAUACUCAUUGAAUAUCUUGACAAGUCAGUGGUUGUGAUUAUUCUGACAAUAAAUCUCAUAAUGACUAUACUGAUCUCGACUCUUCUGAUAAUAGGAGCGAUAAAGAGAAACAUCUAUCUGAUGCUUCCUUGGGUGAUACUUGGAAUCAUGUGCGUCGUGGGGCUUGUAGGGAGCGUCUUGUACACGGUUAUAAUGCUGUACAUUCAGUCUAAGGUCUUGGACGGUUCCUUAUACUUGUUGUUUGGUAUUCUGGCAAUAGUGAUAUACUUAUACAUAUGGGGUGUGGUAUACAGCUACUUCCAGGAAGUAAGACUAACGAAGAACGAUGGAAAAAUGGGACCUUAUGGAAAACCCUAUUAUUAUCGACGACCUUAAUUGGCCUACACGAGGAUGACAGAGUAAGAGCAUCCCGUAAUAUGAUCCCUCAGGAAUCAAAUGUCCCUCGCGAUUCUGUCAACGAGAUAUUUUUCAUAUAUUUCGCUAUACGACUCGUUAAACGAAUUGUACUGCAUAAGGGAGAUUUAAUAAUAUAUGAAUACAUACGAAUUAAGUAAUGAAAAUGAUGCAAGGAUGAGACACGGGUGUUGAUUCACGUCUUUGGACUUGAAUCGUCUGGCUGAAAUUGACGUGUACGAAGGGUCACAUGCUUCCAGGCGAUACAAGCAUGCUUAAUCGUCAGGUUAAUAAUAUUAUUUAGACUGUGUGAAAUUAAUAAGUAGUUUAUCAUCACUGUCGCCAAUGACGAGACGAACAUAAUUAAAAGGAGGGGUCGACUUUAAAAAUUUUAAUGAAUCGUUAUACCAUUUAAAUUCCGGCUCUCUACUAUACAUUGUAUGUAAUAUAUGUAUGCUGGCACAUAUAUGUAUACGUUUGUAUAGCAAUUCACAUGCGUCAAUGGGAAUGUUUUUUAACCUGUGUUACUCAAUGCUAAUAAAUUAUCGUUUUUAUUGUUUUAA